AUGAAAGCCAAGGCGAUCCGCGAACAACGAGAGGCCGAGGAAGCUAAGAAGAGAGUUGCAACACCCAGCAGUUUAAGUAGCGUCAGCGGGGUGAAACGAACAUAUUCUUCCAUGACAGCGUCAGAGACACCAGCAACAUUACGAGAUGCGUCGGCGAAUCGUCCACUUGAUGCGAUCAAGCCGGCCCGCAAUUUCGCCAAGUAUGUCGAGUAUGACUUUAGCAAAAUGACCGACACGAAAGGAGGUUUUCUAACACAAGAGGAUGAUCCAUACAACAAGGCUUUGAAUGUCCGAGAUGGGAAGGAGGAGCAGAAACCUGCGCAUAUGACGCAGAAAGAAUGGGAAAGGCAGCAGCUGGUCGACUCCCUUCGCCGCGAGCGAGCAGGGCCGUUUGAACCCGGACUGAGUGUACUAGAGGAUAAAAGCAAGCAGAAAAAGUGCAGGGAAUGUGGAAGUCUGGAGAUUGACUGGAAGUGGGAGGAGCUACUCCGAUGUUGUGUAUGCCACGCUUGCAAAGAGAAGUACCCGGAGAAGUACAGUCUUCUGACGAAGACGGAAGCAAAGGAAGAUUAUCUGUUAACCGAUCUUGAGGAAUACGCAUUCUCUCCAAAGAAAUGGGGUUCUCCAGAAGCGUUGGAUGCUGAAUUUGAACGACGGGAGAAUGAGAAGAAGAGGCGGCGAGAGGCGAAAUUCAAGACCAAGUUGCAAGAUCUCAAAAAGCGCACCCGAGUCGAAGCAUACCGUCGGAACCGUCAAGGCGCAGCAGGAGGGAAUUUUGGAGAUGAUUUGGGGAAAGGUGGUCGACAUGUACAUCAAUGGGGUCGAUCUGUGGAGGAUCCUGAGACGGGUAUAGGGGUCAAGAAAUGUGUGGAUUGUGGCAUGGAGAUCGAGGAACUCGAAUUCUAA